AUCCAGUACGGCGAGAACGACGGUAAGUGCGGCGUCUGCGGCGACAACUGGGCCGACCCGCAACCCCGCGACAACGAGGCUGGAGGAACGUACGGGACGGGGCUCAUCGUUGCCAACUACACCAAGGGGCAGGAACUAACCAUCGAGGUGGAGCUGACCAAGAGCCACUUGGGCUACUUCGAGUUCCGCCUCUGCGUGAACAACGACCCCUCCAAGAUCAUCACGGACGAGUGCCUGGACCAAAACCUGCUGGAGAUGGCUGACGGAUCCGGCACCAAGUUCUACAUCGAGUCCUAU